UCCUGCCCCGGGAGUGUUUUGUCUUUGAUCGUGUUCGCUUAGAUAACUAGUCUGUACGAUGUUUAAGUUUUAUUUCCUUUUCGCUUUUCUUUAGCUCCUUAAAUGGAGAGCAGGGAGUUGUGAUGAAGCUGUGGCCUCAGUAUGGCAGGAAAACAUCUAGUGAGUCCAGAAGAUUACUGAAACCGAGAGAAUCAACUGUAAUGCCGACCGAAUCGAGCUCUCAGGAUGGCAAUGGUUUGUCAUUAACUUUGCAACCUGAGAUCCUUAGCAGGACGCCAGGGGCAGGAUCGUCUAUGUCUCCGGAGUCCACCGAUGUCCGAGUGCCGGUUGCCAGUGCGGACACCGGUGGCAGGCCAUCUUCACGGAGACCUAGAGCUGGGACCCAUCGCCACGGACACGCACAUGCGGAGGCCGAGUCUGACCAAUCCGACUCUGACCCCGAAUCCAGAGAGUCUAGCGUCUCAUUAUCGGAACUGCACUACCUCUUCCGUUGGGUGCAGAAGAGUCUGCCUUUCAUCAUUAUUCUUGGUGCAAAACUAGUCAUACAGCAUGUCCUUGGCUUGGCCAUUGGAGUUGGUCUGUUUACUACUUUUCUGUAUGUGAAUAAAAACAUCCAAGCACAAGUUUUUCUCCAGGAUCGACGAUCAGCGCUCCAGUGUUUCUGGCUCCUGUCUUUCCUAACUGCUUCCUCGCUGCUUUUCUACUGCACAUUUCAGACGGAGUCCCUUUACUACUGCCUUGUCCUCUUCAGUCCCCAAGUUGAUACCCUGGACUUCUGGGAGGUUUUAUGGGCUGUUGGCGUGACCAGUUUCAUUCUGAAGUUUCUCUGCAUGGGAUUCAAGUGCCUUAUUCUCCUCCUACCCUCCGCAGUCAUGGUAUACAGGAGACGGGGCCAGUGGUACAUGUUCCUAGAGGAGCUCAGUCAGGUAUACCAGGUGAUUGCACCAGUGCCUCCAUGGUUCCGCUACCUGGUUAGUUCCCCGGAAGUGGACGGGACUGUGGGAUUGACCUUGGGUGUGAUUCUAGCCCUGCUUUACCUAAUUUUCAAGCUUUUAGGAUUUUAUGGUCAGUGGGGGUCCCUACAGAAAACAAUGCGGAACUUUCUCAGUUAUGAGGUGAACGGCGCUCCUGCUGUGCAGUCCCAGUGCAAUGAGGUGGGCAAUAUCUGCCCCAUCUGUCAGGCGGAGUUCAGGCAGCCCCGGGUCCUCCUGUGUCAGCACAUCUUUUGUGAGGAAUGCAUCGCACUGUGGAUUAACCAGGAAAAGACCUGUCCGCUGUGCCGGACCGUCAUUACCGACACGGUACACAAGUGGAAAACUGGUGCGACAUCGCUUUAUCUGCAGCUCUACUGAGGGUCACGUCACCUUACCCAUACAGCUACUGAGGGUCACAUCACACGUACUUCUGAAUGAGUCACGUGACUCUGCCAAAAAAUAUCUACCGAAGGAGGCAGGAAGAUGAGUAGAAAAGAUGCAGCGUGGAGUUCAAAGGUCAUGCACACAGAAGGCACUGUUAAGGUUGGACUUUAAUCCACCCACGUUGCCCUCUGUGCAAGUUGCUUUGAAUAAGCAUCAGCUGAUUCAAUGGCAGUAUUAGCUGUUUUGAGAAGCAUUUCUGAAAGUCUCUUUGAUGUGAGGGCUGUGAUUUGAACGGCAUCCCCAUUCUAAUAGGCUACUCAGCCUAGUGCAUGACGGAUUCAUUCAUCUUUUUGGGCUUUUUAAUUGGUUUUUGUGAGUAAUUCCAGAGGACAAAGACUUCUUUCCUAAGGAUGAGACAAAAGUGUGUGUGUGUGUGAGAGAGAGAGAGAAAGAGAGAGAGAGAGAGAGAGAAGAUUAAUAGCAAAAGAGGAGGAAUGUUCUAUAUUUCAUAUAUGGUUUAGGUGGGUUUUUGGGGGGGCAGUUUGUGCUCUUAAGAUAGCAUUUCUAUGUUUAAGGCAGCAGCAGCUAGCAACAAAGCUACACCAGGUGCAUCUCAGGAAGUGUUCAAACUCAAUCAGUUGCCAUGUUGACCAGUAAAUAAAACUGGUCUUAUAAACAAGGCCGUCUUUAGAAGACACUGUCCUUUAUUGUAUGCGUUUCAUGUUCAAGUAAUAAUGGGCUUCAGUUGUGCUCUCUGAAGAAGCUAAUCUUAAUCAUUUUGAAUUGAUUUAUUAUUUUUAAUCAGAUUUAAUUGUACCAACAUGGAAGAUGACAUGAAAAUUCAAGUUCUUUUUCUAAAAGAUAUUAUAAUCACAAGCUUUGUAAUGAACCAAAGAAUUUUAGUAUCUAUUUUCCUAUAGUUUCAUGUACAUAAAAUUAUAUACAGAAUGUUUAUCACAAAUAUAUUUUUCAAUUGAAGCAUGAAAAUUUAAUAAAUCUCUGGACUUGUUUUCCUGAAA